GCUUCUUAUUGGCUGCAGAGGGAGAGGACGGAGGCAACGAGGAGUGAGAGGAGGGAGCGAGCCGGAGAGGAGAGGAGAGGAGAGGAGAGGUGGACAGAGUUUGACUUUACUUGGGAUCAAUCGGGACACGCAGGAGGAGACAGGAGCGCGUCUAGGAGAAGUCACUCCUUCCUGAGCACACGUGCUGCUGAUCUGCUGCUUGCUGCCGCCUGAAGGCUCAGAGGUGUUUUUUGUUGUCCCUGGUCGUCGGAUUAAUCUCUGCUCAUCAGAGUGCGCUUUCACAUUCCUGAAGACACUCUGGAGGGAUUCGAAGGCGAAAAGUCACCUGGGUUACCCGGAAAACUCAAAGAUGGCAGGAGAUGAUCAGAGAUAACCGGGAGAAAAGUUGAAGUCCUCCGUCUCACAGCAAGGCGAGAAAGAGCUCGGCGUCCGUGACUGAAGUCCCGCCCAGGAGACAUUUUUAUAGCUUUACCAUUUGAUAAAUCAACGAACAAUGGCGUCCUACAGCCCAGCCCCGACAGAAGAGGCGCCCCGUGGUGGCCCCCCGUCUGUGAAAUCUGAAGGCUCCGACGAGUCGAUGAAGUUGAAGAAGGAGAUCUCCCUCGUGAAUGGGGUCUGCCUCAUCGUGGGGAACAUGAUCGGCUCGGGGAUCUUCGUGUCGCCCAAGGGCGUCCUCAUGCACAGCGCCUCCUACGGCCUCUCCCUGGUGGUGUGGACCGUCGGGGGGAUCUUCUCCGUCUUCGGGGCCCUGUGCUACGCCGAGCUGGGGACCACCAUCACCAAGUCGGGGGCCUCCUACGCCUACAUCCUGGAGGCCUUCGGGCCUUUCCUGGCCUUCAUCCGAUUGUGGACCUCGCUGCUCAUCAUCGAGCCAACGAGCCAGGCCGUCAUCGCCAUCACGUUCUCCAACUACAUGGUGCAGCCCAUCUUCCCCACCUGUGUACCGCCGUACCUCGCCAACAGGCUGCUGGCGGCUGCUUGUAUAUGUUUGCUGACCUUUGUAAACUGCGCCUACGUGAAGUGGGGCACCAGAGUCCAGGACUUCUUCACGUACGCCAAAGUCAUCGCGCUCAUCGCCGUCAUCAUCACCGGCCUGGUGAAGAUCGGACAAGGUCACACGCAGAACUUUGAGGGCCUGUUCGAAGGCUCCUCGCAGGAUCCGGGACACAUCGCUCUGGCUCUGUACUCAGCUCUGUUCUCCUACUCCGGAUGGGACACCCUCAACUUUGUCACAGAGGAGAUCAAGGACCCAGAGAGGAAUCUGCCGCUGGCCAUCGCCAUCUCCAUGCCCAUAGUGACGGUGAUCUACAUCCUGACCAACGUGGCCUACUACACCAUCCUCCCCAUCAAUUCGAUCUUGGACAGUGAUGCCGUGGCAGUGACGUUUGCGGACCAGGUGUUUGGCGUGAUGAACUGGACCAUUCCCUUUGCCGUGGCUCUUUCCUGUUUCGGAGGACUCAACGCCUCCAUCCUGGCGUCCUCCAGGCUGUUCUUCGUGGGCUCCAGAGAGGGCCACCUGCCUGAUUACCUGUGCAUGAUCCAUGUCACCCACUACACUCCCAUCCCCGCCCUGCUCUUCAACGGCAUCAUGGCUCUGAUAUACCUGUGUGUUGAAGAUGUCUUCAGGCUGAUCAACUACUACAGCUUCAGCUACUGGUUCUUCGUCGGCCUGUCCAUUUUGGGGCAACUGUACCUGCGCUGGAAGCAGCCGGACAGAAAGAGACCGCUGAAGCUCAGUCUCAUCUACCCCAUCGUUUUCUGUUUCCUCACCGUCUUCCUGGUGGUGGUGCCGCUCUACAGUGACACCAUAAACUCCCUGAUCGGUAUCGGCAUCGCCCUGUCUGGCGUGCCUGUUUACUUCCUCUGCUGCUACACUCCGGCCCACAAGAGACCACUGCGGCUACGGAGCCUCAUUGCUAAAUCCGGCGUGCUGAUCCAGAAGGUGUGCUACUCUGUUCUGACCGAAAUGGACAAGGAUCUGUAGACGAUUGCUUACCAACGCCCCUGCAGGAGACCCAAACGCACAAAUGUACAACCUGAACUCAUCCUGGACAGUCGCUGCCGCCACGAGGCCUCAGCGGAUGGUCACAUUUGGGCUUGAGCCGGACGCCAGCCAGCUCUCUGGCCUGUCAAUCAUCAACCAGUCAUUGUUGUUAACGAUGCAUGAAUGGUGGCGCCCGGGUGCUUGUUGGCAAGAUUUCACUCUAAAAGAACAUUGUAAUGCACUCCUGACAAACACCCGUUUCUAUUACACAGCUGUAGUAGAUGAUUAUUUAAUUAUGUAAAGACAAGCAUCUUGUGUGAAAUUACAUACAUGUAAUACCUUUUCGAUUUUACUGCAAGGUGGCAAUUAUUAUUUUUAUGGUUAAAUUGUUUUAGGUGGACAGGAGAACAUCUUUGAAACUAAAAGCACUGCUGACCAUAGAAACCUUGUUAUUUUUUAUCAUAUUACUAUUAGAACAAAGCAAAUUUAGCAGUAAAGAUUAAAAUAUGUUUCCGUGUUCACUAAUGUGGGGGAAGAAGUUUUAUACUGUCAGGGGCGAGGUGUAGUGAAGGGCUAUUUUUACACACAUUAACUCUUUUUUUUUCCACAGUGUCUAAGUGAAAGAGUUUGAGACAGUUGAGCUGCAAACAUGUAUUUAUAAUAAAAAAUUACUUGUUGACAACAUAAA